GCACACUACACACACACACACACACAGACACAGACAAACACACCUACAAGAGCAAGAAGUGAAGACUUGUGGCUCCCCGUCCCGGAAAAGACCGUCUGCAUCCUGUCGGACACAGGAGAGAGAAACCAUGAUUAAACGCAAACUAAACUUCAAGUGGUUUGGUAGUCUCACCAGCCUCCGGCGAAAAUCAGAAAACCAGAAGGACGAUGUCAGAGAGGUGUCCACCGACGAUAUGGGCAUGCAUCCACGGAGCCCGAGCUAUGCCAGCUCCAGUGAGAUGUACACGCACAUGGGCACCAUGCCACGAAACCCGAAGAAGGACAAAAGCUUGAAGAAGAGCAGGUCCAAGGACAAGUGCAGCCUCAAUCGGAGUCAAAGCAUGAGACCUGCACAGGACCAUGUAGUUGAUUCCCCACUUCUCAGCGUCCUCUCCGGGAAGGGUCUGGAGGCCCUGGAGAGUCCCAUCGCAGAGGACAAGCCAGCUGCAGGAACCAGAGAUAAUCCCAUUCAGAACCGUGAACUUCCACCUCCACCGACUGUGGAUGGACACUCAACAAAGCGGGAAGAUGAAGAGAAGCCAGUAGAUGACUCCAAGCUACAUGUUGAUCCGGCAAAUGCAUGUCCGGAAACUUCACCAGAUCUAAGUGUGCCAGACAUCCAGCCAGUGCUGCCCAAGAAGAGACAUAAAGAAGGAGACACCUCCAUGAAGCUGGAUGCUGAGGAGCUGCAGAUGGACGAUAACCUGAUUCAGUUACCUCCGAAACACGGCAGUCAGAUGGAGCAAAAGCAAGCAGCAUUGGAAGAUGCCAAAAGAGGAUCAGACUGCAAACAAGACAGUCAGGAAGAAAAAGAGCCGAACAGACAGCUGGACACCACAGACAACCAGGGAGAAUAUGUACAAUUCUCCAAGGAGAAGUACCUCCUGGAGUCACCCCCGGAGAAACUCAGGAAGGAGCUGGAGGAGGAGCUCAAACUCAGUAGCAGUGACAUGAGGAGCCACGGCUGGUACCAUGGCCACAUUCCACGAGAGGCCUCAGAAACGUUGGUUCUGCGUAGCGGCGACUUCCUCGUACGGGACUCCCUGUCGACCGCGGGCGACUAUGUCCUCACGUGUCGCUGGCAGCAGGAAGUCAUCCACUCUCGGAUCAGUAAAGUCCUGGUCAAAAGCGGGCAAACCAAAAUCCAGUACAUGCUGGAGCAUGAGAGCUUCGACUCUGUCCCCACGCUGGUCAGGCACCACGCUAGCACGGGACGACCCGUGUGCCCACGCACCGGAGCUCAGCUGCUGUGUCCGGUCAACCGCACGCUGCCUCUGAGGUACCUGGAGGCCACGUUUGCUUUGGCCGGUGGGAGACCAGGAUCUGCACAUUCACCUUCGACCCCGAGGGGGGCGCACAUCAAGAGAAGAAGCGUUACUAUGACGGAUGGACUGACGACAGAGAAGAUCAUUCCUCACAGCAGUGCGGCCCAGUCUACAGAGCCAGAUGAGCCUCAGACAGUCGAGCCGGAGGUGAAACCAGCGGAGGGCAGCAGCUGCCCCUCUACAGUGCAUCAUAAGGAUGCGAUGAGGAACUGCGCCAUGAGCAUGGAUCAGAUCCAAGAGUACCGCUGCCCGCUGUCCCCUGCCUACAGCUCCAUCUCCCGCUACAGACAUGGCUCAGGUGGGCGUGUCCUCACCGCGAUCCCGCCUUCUCCGGUGAUGCGGCGCUCCAGUGAUCCACAUCUUUCACCAUCCUCCUCCAAUAACAACCUUACCUGCUCAGACUUGCCCCCCAGCUCCCACUCCAUGCCUGCCCACAGUUACCCGUCAGAAAGUUCAGAGCAGGACGGCAGCUACUGUGAGCUGAGACCCGGUCAAGCCCCCAUUCCUCCCUGCAAGAGCUACGUCGAGAGGCUGAGGGUGGAGGAUGGCCAAAGCCCGGGCUCUGGAGCUCCAGAUGGGAUGGAGGGCUUCACGCUCCCCCUGGUGGAGACCAGCUCCUCCUUCAAACCUGGAAAAUACCAGUCCACUCUUCUGCCAGCCGAGAAUAAACCUCUGGAGAUGAGUGUGUUGAAGAGGGUGAAGGAGCUGCUGGCGGAGGUGGAUCCCAAAACAGCCGCCAAGCACAUCACCAAGGCAGACUGCAUGGUUGCUAGGAUACUGGGCGUUACCAAGGAGAUGCAGAGGAUGAUGGGAGUGAGCUCGGGGCUGGAGCUGCUGACUCUUCCACAUGGACACCAGCUGAGACUGGAUCUGCUGGAGAGGUUUUACACCAUGUCUAUAAUGAUGGCGGUGGAUUUGUUGGGUUGUACGGGCAGCACCGAGGAGAGAGCCGCCCUCCUGCAUAAAACCAUCCAGCUGGCUGCUGAACUCAAGAGCAACAUGGGCAACAUGUUCGGCUUCGCUGCGGUCAUGAGAGCGCUGGAGCUGCCGCAGAUCUCACGGCUGGAGCAGACGUGGAUAACACUGCGACAGAGACACACAGAAGGCGCCAUCCUCUAUGAGAAGAAACUUAAGCCAUUCCUGAAGGCCAUGAAUGAUGGGAAAGAGACCUGUGUGCUCUCGAACACCUCUUUCCCUCACGUGGUGCCGGUGCUGUCGCUGCUGGAGCGCGGUGUGGCGUCCGGAGAGGCGCUGGAGUCCUGGGAGAGCGUGGAGUCAGGAGUGGACGUGGUCAUGAGUCACCUGGAAGCAGCACGGACCAUCGCUCACCACGGAGGACUGUAUCGCACCAACACCGAGAGCAAACUACAGGAUUUCCAGGAGCGGAAGGAGGUGCUGGAAAUCUUCUGUACCGAGUUUCAGAUGAGGCUUUUAUGGGGCAGUCGUGGCUCUGAAGGAAACCAGGCCGAGCGCUAUGAGAAGUUUGACAAGGUCCUCACCGCUCUGUCCCACAAGCUAGAACCUCCUGUACGACACAGUGAAUUAUAGCACCCCCGCACCCACACAUGGUAUGAUCCCUGACCUUCCUGUCACUCCUACUCCUGGAACAGACCAUGCUUUUUUGGGGGGAGCCGGAGAAUAUAUCAAUGAGUGACUCACUCUGCAAAACAAGGCACAACGGGGACAAGCUUUAUGCGAGCAUGAUGGUGCCUCCUGAAGAACGCAGACUGCUGCAGUGGAAUGAAAUAAAAAUCUAAAGCCAAAAUAUCUUCUUCAGUGGUGAUCAAGGGAACUUCGUUUUUAAAAAAGAGAGAAUGUGAUGAAGUGUAAGUCGACUUUGACCCAAAAGGGUCUGAAUCCUGUUUGAUGUGAAUCCACGAUUUAGUUUCCAUCAGCUUUCAUGUCGAUAAAAAGCAAAGAUGUCUUGCAGAAGUGACCUGUCUCGAUUUAUUGCUGGAAUAGACUGAACACACACUCACUUUUCAGAUGUCUGAAUGUAAGUUGCCAAAUCAUGAAUUCAAACAGAUGUCUGCUGGAUAAAGAGUUUUAUUUUUACGCUCGUUUUUUAGGUUCACUUCUCAGUUUUUGAUUUUUCGCUAUUGUCAUUGCUUUAGUGAUGGAAAGUGAGGAAUUGGGCCUUCAUCUUUAAUGAGUGUCUAACAGAUGCUCACAUUCACACUCUCUCCAGGUCUGACAGCAUCGCUUCUCAGAGCGCUUUGGCGUCCGAAUGUGUUGGAGAUGACAUACUGUUUAGCCUACUUUCCUCUCUUUUUCUCAUUCUGUUUUUUUUUUUUUUUUGUCUAAAGGGGUCAUAUCAUGAGGAACUAAAUUUCUUUAUUUGCAAAUACAGAGUUCAUUAUAACUAUCAGAAUUGAAAAAAUCAGUGCAAAAAAAAAAACUCAUCUGAAACUCAAGGUUGUUAGCAUAUGGCCACCCACUUUACACAUCAUCAUCACAUAUCGGGUGUGCAUCCAUCCUGUUAACACCAGAAGAGCUAAUGAUUAGAGUAAAAAAGUGAUACUAGUUAAACUUAAUGUGCUGUUUUUUCCUUCUAAAGGAUCCCAGUGUUGGAAACAAGUUCAUUUUCAGCUCAAAUUGUUUUAUGAAUCCGUUACAUGGGGAAGCGCAAUCUAUAUUAGCAACCCCACAGCUCGUGUGUUUCUCAUAUCAUAUACCAAGAAGGGCAUUUGCAUAAAGUCUUAAAGGCACAGGGUCACAAUAACAGCCUAUUUAAUUCCAAGAUCAGAAAGAGGGUGGAAAUGGACAUGAAAAACUAAAUCAUUACAGAGAAAAAUCAUGAUAUGACCGCUUUAAUAUCUUUCAUGACAGAGGCCAUGCUAGUCAGUAUGGCCAUGGAAAUGAGGUUUAGCUGUCUUUUAGAUACAUAAGGUAUAUUCUCAAUGAGACUGGAUCACAAUGAAUGUCAGUUUGUAUUACGUUAUUUAAGAGACCCAUCUAACCAAACUUUACAGAUCAAGUCCGUGUCCAGAUCAUCUAUUGCAAGUCAACAAAGACAUUUGAUUUUUCAUUCAAACAUUGAAAAGUAGUGUUAUGGCAAUAAUUCACAAACUAAUAUAUGGAGGAUCAUUGUGUUAGUAUUUAUGCUAAUGCAUAUUGAUCAUAUUUAAGAUUAGGAGUUUUACUAAAACUGCCUAUUUUGAUGCAUAAAUCAUCCAUUUAUCCAACAUAUAUGAAUUAUACCUCAUAUUGCACAAAUCUGUGAAGGAAAGAGAUGACAUCCUGGUAGUGACUUUUUCUACGAGUACCAUUCACAUUUUCAUCAGGUUCCUGCGAAAAAACAAAACAGGUUUGAAAGAUUUCAGCUAAUAAUAGCAACAUUUUCAUUAAAUUCAAAAACACUUAUAAUACUGUUUUCAUAUUCUGGUAGAUUCAGCCAAACAAAACCCAAAGUCACAUACAUAUACCUCUAUCAACGGUGUAAAUGUUCUACCCUUAUUUCUGGGUACCAUAAACAGAAAAGGUUGUAGGUAUCUGGUUCUAACGCGAUCUAUUGUGUAUCAUAUGCAGGCUGCUAUACUUCACACCCAGUCUAUAAAUGCACAUUUCCAGGGAUUUUUCUGAAGGUAUUUUUUCAGGUAAUUUAAUAAAGGCAGAUCUGAAAGUAGAUUAUGCUAUCUGUCGCAAAUAGGGGAGCAUUAUGGGAUGAAAAGUGGAUCAUAUGCAAUUUCACUUUUAGCCAGCAGAGGGCUCUGUUUAGUAAGCUAAAAAUAAUAAUAAAUGGAAGCAAGUUUUGAACCUUUUGAACUUUUUUUUAUUAAGGCCUGCUGGUCUAGGACUGUAACUUGUGUUUGGUUUCUCUACUGUAAAGGUAAAUGUGUGACUAUUUCGUUUUGUAAAUAGUUACCCCUAAACGGUUGAUGAUAUACGAGGUGGACGAGGUCACGUGAUUGCAUCCUUUUAUUAUGUGCUGUACAUACUGGUAUGUCAUAUGUUUUGCACUUUUUUCAGAAAAUAAAAUACAGUAAGCUUG